CCGGUUUGGGUGUUUGAUUUGAUGUAGACUUCUGUGUUUUAUUCUGAUUGUCAGAUUUUUUAAACUUGUUGUGAUAUUAUUCCUCCAAUUAUGUCGGUUUUUGAUGAUUUGAUAUUGCCGAAAAUCAUUGAAAUACCGAAAACGUGCAUCAUAAACUUUAAUAAUGAUCUUGAGAAUGUAUUCGAGUGUUUGGACAAAUUUGCUGAAGAUAAAAAUAAGAGUAAAGGCCUAGAAAAACCUAAACAGAAUGCUCAUGUGAUCUCAUUACAAAGCAUUCAAGAAGAUGGAGAUGGAGGUAAGAAACAAAAUGAAGAAAGUUCAGAUAGUUAUACUGACAGUUCGAACCCUGAAAGUUCAAAGCCUGUUGGUUCCAAGAAGCGCAGUAAAAAUGAAGUUGAUGGAAUGUCAAGUCCGGAACUUGAUAAGAGACAGAAAAGAAAUGCCUCAGUUAAAGCACAAGGCAAAAUUAGUAAACAAGUGAAUGUUAACCUAUCGCAAAAGAUGCGCCGUUCUAAAUCGAUAGAAAAGUCCAAGAGUCGAAAACAAAAAGAUAAUGCUGAAAAGGAUAAAGAAAAUAAUGAACCGGUAAUCAAAAUUAAACAGGAAAAAAUAUCAGAACCUUCAGUGCUGAUCAUGGACAGUGAAAUAUUACCAUUGAAUCCAAUAAUUAAACAGGACAUUUGUGAUGACAUUGCAAUGCCGCCUCCGUCAAUGCCUCUGCCCAAACAACGCAAAGGUGCGAAAAAAGAUAAGGUAAUUGAAUCUGAGGAUGAAAAACUGGAGACAGAGAGAGCCACGAGACGGACCACUAGAUCGAAGAAAGAAACAGACACCACUCCACUAGUGCCAUCGAAUCGUACAACACGGUCUAGCACGCGGAAUGUGAAACAGACAGAACAGGAAGAGGAACCUGUGGCACGACCAAAGAGAACUAGAGGGAAAAAGGUGCAAGCAGAACCUGAAAGUCAAGAGGUCGUUGAAUCGGUCCAGAACAGCGAUGUUGAAUUAAAUUCACCCACACAGAAGCCGCGACCGAAACGAACGAGGCGGAACCAGAAAGCUGCUGAAGAAAAGCUUGAAGCUGAUAUUGCAGAGACACAUAAGGCCAAGGCCAACAUAGUAUCACCAGUUCUACAGACUCAUUCAAACAAAACGAAACCUAAUGACAUAAAUGGAAUCAUCAAGACCACCGAUCCUGAAAAUAAUGACACUGAAAAGGAAAACAAGAAGAGUGAAGGAAAAGAGUUAGAGAAAACAAUACUUUUAAGUACAGUGGAUGGAAGUAACAUGGACCAAACUAUUGUUUUACAAAAUGGUGUCUACAGUCAUGAUCCAGUCACUCCGAAGAAUAUUCAGAACCUGAAUGAAACAGUUCUCAUAGAAUCCCAAGAGAAGAAUAACCCACAACCAAUAUUGGAUGCUACUGUUGUUAUCAAUAGGGACUCGAACGUGAAAAACCUGACUGAUGACAACUCGCUGCUCACAGACGAUGACAGCCAGGAGGUGACCACCCCUCCAUCAUCAACCGAGCCAGUGGCUCCAUCGUCUGCUGUUAAGAAGAAAGUGCAGCAGUUUGAAGAGAUGGCUUCUCGUGUCACGAGAAAUAAAACGCGCGCGUUGAACAAGUAUGAUGGUGUGAAAGAGAACUCCACACCUGAAUCUUCUAAGAUGGCAAUCUCAGCAGAGAUGCUCGCAAACAUGAACAAUAUUAUAUUCAACGGGAAACCAGCACAGAUAUCACAAUCGGCCAGUCGAAUUCGCGUGCCGCCGUAUAGCAAGCCGCCCACUGCUCCUUCAUCCGCGUCCAAGGUGAGCGGCCUGGCGAACAAGGCGGACGAGGUGCGGCGUGACUGGGCCGAGGACCCGCGCAAGAAGAAGGAAGCCAUGCUGGACGCCAAGCGAGAGGCGCAGCGGAGAAAAAGAGAAGAGAAGAUGGCGGCGGCCGCAGCUGCGAGGAUCGCCGCGGACAAAGAGAGACAGGCAGUGCUUAUGGCGUUGGCGAAAGACAGACAAGAGAAGCAGCUGCACGCGGAUCUUGGCAAGAUGGAGAAAUUAAAGCUUGUUGAAAAGAAGAAACAAGAGUUGGCGCGGAAGGUUCUAGAGACCGAGGAGCGUCGCCGCGCUGAGGAGUUAGCUCGGCAUCAGAGGUUGGAGCAAGAACAGAAAAAGGCGGAGGAGAACAGGAAGAAACAAAUAAAAGAAGUUGAAGUGACCAAGAAAGAGGCUGCCCAGAUGGCUCGUGAAAUAGAACAAAGACAGAGGGAGUUCAAAAUGAAGUGCAAAGCUGAAUCGCGCAUGACACCUAUAAAAGCAAAGCCUCCAAUAGAGCCAGCUUACAUGUUAGAUGGGUUCCAAUAUCUCCACUCUGAUGAGGAGGCGGACCUAGAGGCUCCACCGAACAGUGGCUGGUCAACUAAGAAGAACCGGGCCCGCCAGCUGACGAUCCAGUCCCAGAUCGCCGCGGUUCACAUCGAUCAUCUGUUCUCUGUGCGCGAGCAGACGCCAGACCUGAGCGAAAUAUUCCCCAACAUCGACCGCGGAAGACUCAAGCGGACGUCGUCUGCAGUCUGGAGAACACCGCCCGGUGACAAGCUGGGAUAGACCGCAUCGGGUAUCUACAGAACUCCAGCCUCAUAUCAGUGUCGCAGGCGGCGCGUUGUAAAUACCUUCGUAUAAAAUGUAUUAUGUAACCGGCUAUCAAUAAAUAAGGCCUUAUUUUAUUGUAAUAUGUUUACAAAAUAGUGGUUAAACUAGAAUAAAAUAAUUAUCUGACAUGACAUUAUAAUUAAAACUAUUAUAAUAUGUAUGACAGUUAAUAAAAAUAUGGAACCAAACAAUGAUAUUUCAUACUUACAGAAUAUCCAAAAAAAAUAUUACGCGCAACAAACAGACAUACCUAUCAUUCAUCUUACAUAAACGCGAUAGGAAACAUUUUAGAUAAUUUAUACGUCUAGAUAGUCUCUUGCUGUUAGACAACUGAUAAAAACAGGCCAGGUUUAUUACUUUAGUGGGCGUGACAAUCUACGUCUUACGCUCGCGAUUUGUGUUGGUGUGCGUGCAUUGUUCAAAAUACAGGUUAAUUGUCAACUUCGUUUUUUUUUAACGUUUUCACAGCUGUCACAGGGUAUGUAGGCGUAUAAAUGAUCUAAGAGAAAAAAUAAAUAUAGUGUUUGUCACUUACGCGAUCAUUACAUCAGAACAACGGCGUGUCAAUAAUCACUUCCAAUCCCGCGGCCUGUAUUCAAUCUCGGCAUUUGCGGGACUACGAAUUUUCAAUCCCUCGGGAUUUGUGGGAAAAUAUACACAUUUUAAAACAAUGAAUUUAUCAACUCCACAUUUAUUUACGUACAUAUUACUAUUAAAUUGAGAUCAAUCAAAUUAUACUAUAUUUUUCAUAAAAAAAAACAAUAACAAAUUCGGAAUAAAAACAAAUCGUUUUCAAAAAAUACACAAAGCAAAAUUAAAAAAUCAACUGAUAAAUUAUUAAGUUUGUCAGCUUUUAAUCUUAACUGAAAAUGUUUGCGAAGGAAACACAUGUACAAACUGUCGUCUGCCAAACUACUGCGUAUUUUAGAUGCCAUAAAGCCUGCAGCAGAAAAUGCUUUUCUGCUUCCACACUUGUGGUACAAACCCUUAAAAGGAUGAAUCAUUAAACUUAGUUAAUAACUUGAGUUGUUAAGAAUAAUAUUUCACGCAGAUUAACCUAUUUUGCAUCGCAUGCACGCUUUUUUUCAGUCCCGCAAUUCCCGCGGAUCCCGCGCCGAGGUCUCGGUAUUGCGGGAUUGGAAGCCCUACAUUGUUCUAGGACAAGCAUACUAUGUAAAUCGGGGGGACCCCACUGGGUUCAUAUUCAUUAAUUUUGAGAGCGCGCUAGUAAUGAAUUUACUUAUUUAAUACACAAAAUAUCCUAUCACAUGACAAAAAAUAUUGACUUAACUCGUUGACUUUUCGUAUAUUGGAGUCCCACAAGGAACUUAAAAAAACCAAUGUCACGUCGAAAUUUUUUGGUGUAAAAAUUUCUAUAGGCGUUCUGAGAAAUUUAUUUUGUGGGUAUUGAAAUAGACUGGAGGCCUAUUACCAAAAUCGAAAGCCGAAGUUUCAAUCCGAAACGAAAGAACGACGAACUUCAAAUUAAAUCCAAUUCAAAUUCAAAUAUUUUUAUUCAAAAUAGGAUUUAAAAUCACUUAUUCAACGUCAAAAUCUACCACCCAUUCAAAAGAGACUGCCUCAGACCUGAGAAGAAUGGGCGCAAGAAACUCAGCGGGCUUUUUUUUUCAAUAUAAAAUAUGGAUUACAAUGUAAUAUCGUACAAUAAACAUUUAUAAUUAAAGAGCCUGAGGGUGUUCGCUUUAUUCCCAGUCCGUGGUGUCAUUAAGAAAAUCGUUUAUGCUAUAAUAACCUUUCCCACACAAACGUUUUUUAACAAUUCUUUUAAAUUUCGUAACACAUUUGUUUUGUACAUUUUCUGGGAUCAUAUUGUAGAAGCAUAUACAUCGCCCAACAAAAGACUAACUCGACCCAACCGAGUAGUAGGCACAACAAGUUUAUGUUUGUUGCUCGUGUUAACAUUAUGAAUGUCACAGUUUCUAGAAAAUUCCUCAAUGUGCUUAUGAACAUACAAAACAUAUCAAAAAUGUAUUGAGAAGAAUCAAAAUGUUUAUUUCUUUAAAUUUUUCUCUUAAUGAUUCUUUAGGACCUAGGUUAUAAAUCGCGCGCAAUAUUACCGAAGUUCUUCGGAUUCGAAUAGUGCGGACGGAUUUCGUUUCGGAAUCGUGGAUAUAUCCAUAAAAAGUGAAGUAGUUACGAUCAUAAUAAUGUCAAACAACGAAAAUGUAAAUGUCAAGUGAAUUUGGGAAUAAGCUAAACGAAAGACAAAAUGUCUAAUCGCGAACUUCGUAUCUAUCUUCGGAUCAGAUAAACUUUCGUAAUAGGAAAAUGUACGAUCCGUCAAGCAAAAUUUCGUGUUUAGAUUUUGGUAAUAUGGCUCCUGAGCCUUAUACUCUCUCGGGUAAAGUCGGCUGACGUCGACUAAGUCAAGUUAGUAAUAACUAACCUCACCAGCCUAGCGGAACUCUAAGAAAAAAGCCAUUCACUCGAUUGUAUGAAACGUGCUUUUAUUAAUAGAUUGACAGAUGACGGCUAUAAUCUAGAAAAAAAACAACGAUAGCCGCAAAAUAACUAUGUUUAAAGCAACUGUUUGCUUUCAAACUUAGCCGGCUUAUACCUUGUCGCCAAUCACCAUGCUGUAAUUACUAUUAUUUCAAACUGAUGUCAAAUCUGAUUGUAGUAGUAUGAAAUACUAAGCUAAAAUUCAAUUUUUACUUAGGCAUUUCCGCCUUUUAUCACAUUAUAUCCUCUUUGAACCUCACCUUGAUCAUAUUUUCUGUCGUAUUUGCACAUUUCAAAAUAAAAAUUAUUUUAUGAAAUUUUUAACAUGGAAUAAGUUUUGAAAUCAAUUUUGUUCAAUCACCCAACGAAGGCAUUCGGUAAUGACCCGCAUAAUCUCUCCUUGCAUGUUAGUUUGCUUCUAAGUUUCUUUUAUUUCUCUGUAGCAAUCUGCGCAACAGUCUAGAUUUCCCACACACACACAACUGUACUUGAAAAAAAAUGCUGUUUUUAUUCUGUCAACCGGAGCCUUCUGUGACCAAACUAAAGUGGGGCAAAUCAGGAUGAUUCAGCCAGUCAUAGCUGAAGCAACUGAAUUAGAAUCUUUGUUGAAUUGAUUCUACAUACAGUAUUAUGUGAAUACAUGGACCUUGCUUAGGGGGAUAUUACACCGUACCCUCCACUACAGUAAUGUGAAAAAAUAUAAUUGUUGAGUAUACUCAACGUAUUAUAAUACGACAUUUGUUCAGGAAGCUUUGGCAAAACAAGAUUAUUCUGGCAAACGAGCGCUUUUGCUCUCAAAAGUGUACUGUAAGUUUCUGUUAUCAGCAAAAUUUUGUUUAAGGGAUAAUUCUCCAAUGCGCUUUUUCCAUUAAGCUCUCUACACUUAGAACAAGCAUCAGUUUUUGGACAUCGAAACAAAAUUAUAAUAAGUAUUAAAAGUUUAUCGGAAAUUGAUUAUUAACAGCAACAUUUGAAUACUCACUAUCAUUGUAAACCGUGUUUUUGAGUAUUUCGAUACUUAAAUCGCAUAGCAUUUUAGCUUAGAAAGUCGGCAUAGUUAAUUUAGGUCCAUUCAAGUUUUUGGAAGAAAGGCAACAUUUCUUAAAAAAAUCUUACGCAUACCUUGUCGUUCAUCAAUAAUAACCGUAGACUGACAAUAUACUAGCCUAUAGACAUACAGAAGGAUAGAAAAGGUGAGCGAAUCUAUUCUUACUGUAACCGAUUUUGGUUGGCAAGUCGUAAACAGUCAGCCACGCUUGACAUUAGCUUCUUAGUGUUUUCAAUAUUAAAUAACUACCUAACGCACACACUGACAAAUCAUAAUUGUUCACGCAAUAUCGUGCUACAGGUCGUCUAUACGAUAGUGUAUUCUAACGGUCGUUUUCAAUAACGUAUCUCUAGUUACGGAUACAUUUCUGUCACCGUUUAGUGGCAAAAUUUUAUCUAUCCACAGUUAUGUCCAAUAUAGUUAUUGUCCAAUGCUUUAUGUCGAUAGGUUAUUAAAAAUUUAAAUUAAGUAAGCGUAAAAGGAUAGAUUUGUCUACCUCUAGUAAGUUAAACUAAGGAUAGAUAAGUUAUUGAAAACGUCCGUAAGUCCAUGACUAGAACAUCUCCAACCUAAUAAAAACUGUACAUAAAAUAUGACGUUCUAUGUUAUAUAAUUCCAAAUUAAAAAAAAAUACAUAUUGGUUGGUAGUUGGUACAUGAAAUUUCAAGGUUUCACUAAGAAAGAGAUGAAGAAAAUAAAAUACCUGUUCGACACCCCAGGUGUACUCUAAUAGCGUCUCUAAUAAACUUGGUAUAAAGUUACACCUGAGAAUAAACCAAGAAUAUGCAAAAUGUUGACAAUAUCGCAGACCACAAUAUCAAUACAACGACAAUUCUGAAGUUUUCCGAAUGUGAAAUAGCCUUGCAAAUAAACGCGGGAAAUGCUAUACGUCCGAAUAAACCAAUCAUAAUCAAAAUGUAUAUUUGUAAACACGGAUUAUUCUCGGGUAUAACUUUAUACCAAGAUUAUUUGUAAGGCCGUAAUUUUCCAAAAUAUAUGACAAUUUCUUCCAUUAAGGAAUAUGAAUUUAUUUUUUAAUGUUUUUGUUUGUUAGCAUUGUGUAUUCAUUAGUAUAUAAUAUUAGUUACUUUAUAAUUAUUAUUAUUGUUAAAGUAUUGUUUUAGGAUACUUCUAUGAUUGGCCGAGUGCCUUUGUGGAUGUUUUAGUGUUAAUCGACAUUUUCAUUUCUAUUGUCAUAUGUAAAUAAUAAUUAUGAUAGUAAUUGAUAUAUAUAUCAUAAAUUAUGUGCCUUGAUCACAAGUUUUAGAAUAAUUUUAUGAUAAGACUGCUGUAGGUAAUAAUAGUUAUGAAUUUUAGAAUAAAUAAUAUUUGUACACUUGU